AUGGAACAGUAUAGAGAACACGGAGUUAACAGCAGGAAGACGAUGAAAACGCAAAACUUCCCAUUGAUGGAAGAAUCCGUAUAUGUGUGGAUUUUGCAACAGCGAGAGGCCAACAUAAUCGUCACUUCCGAGGUUCUGCGGGUCAAAGCGGAGUUACUUUUCCGAGAAAUCCAGAAACGUGGACAUUAUGUGAACCAAAAAUUUUCAUUCUCGGAUGACUGGAUGCGUAGAUUCAAAGAACGAUUCGGUCUGCAUGUCAAGCGGGUUGCGGGAGAAAAAGCUUCUGCUGACGUGGAUGCUUACAUAAAAUUUAAGGAAAUAUUAGCAUCAAAAAUAACAGAAACAGGACUUCAAAAGUCGCAAGUGUACAAUGCAGACGAAUCGGCAAUUUUCGUAAAGCUGCUUGCGUCACGAAGUCUGACACUUUCCAGCGAGAAAAAUGUUUACGGUCGGAAACUAAAUAAAAUGCGAUACACAUUUAUGCCAUGUAGCAACAUCGACGGUUCAAACAAAUUAAAACUAAUGUUUAUCGGAACCGCUGCAAAGCCACGAUCAUUUCCGACCAAAGAACUGCUCCCGGUGUCAUAUUACAAUUCAAAAAAAGCAUGGAUGACGCGAGAGCUUUUCCGGGAGUGGUUCUUUAACGAAUUUGUACCUGCAGUAAGAAAGUUUUCCGGCGAAAAGAGCUUAGAAUCGAAGGCUCUCCUGGUACUGGACAACUGCACGGCCCACUAUACAGGAGGAGACAAUUUAAUUUCUGAUGAUGAAUUGAUCAAGCUGAUUUAUCUACCGCCGAAUGUCACAUCACAGUGUCAGCCAAUGGACCAAUCCGUUAUCAAUGCAAUAAAAACCCGGUACAAGCGGAAACUCAUGCUGAAACUGGUUCUUGAAAACGAAGAACUCAAGUUUGAGAACCGUCUCAAGAAGAUAUCUCUGAUGCAAAGCAUUGAUUGGCUGUCUGCUGCUUGGGAUGAAAUUUCACCAAGCACAAUCGAAAAUUCCUGGAAAAAGCUCUUGGAUCAGUUUCCAGGAUAUGCGUGGAGUUCUGAUACACCAGAUGAGUUUCAAGAUGAUACGAGAGCGCUUGUUGUUGCCAUAGAUACUCUAACUAACACAACUACAACCGACGAAGAUAUUAAUUUAUGGCUAAAAGAUCAGGUUUACGAUGGUGACAACAACCCAACUUGGCUCACCAGUGCGGUCUUUACGAAUACGGAGAUCAUUGAUUCCAUUUUGCAAGAAAGCGUGGCUCAAGAAAAUGACUCUUUCACCGAAGAUUCAACAGACAAUAUUUCCCUCGAGAUGUCAUCCGGAACUGUGAGUGACAUUGCAGAAGAACCAACAUUUUCUGAUGCCAUGAAGUCUAUAGAUUGCCUACUGAAAUUUGUGAAGAACGAUGCAGCAGACGUUAGCCGACUUAAAGUGUUGCGCACAAAACUUAUUGACAUGGAAUGGCAUAAAAAAAGCAUGUGA